AUCGUAUCCGUAUCAGUACAGACAACUUACUACCUACGUUGUGGACCUAAAGUAAGUUACUGAAGCUCAUUUAUUUAAAAUCGAUCCAACCAUGCACGUAGUUGCAGUAUUUCUCUGUCUAUUAGUGACUCUAAGUCAUGUAAAGGCAGAAUCAGAAAUAGAUCUUAAGGAUAAAGUUACCGUUGUUACUGGCGCUGCUAGAGGCAUCGGUCGCGCCAUCGCUGACAAUCUUUUAAAAGAAGAAGUGGAAGUUGUAAUUAUCGUUGACAAAAAUCUUACGCAAGGUUUAGUAACGGAAACUGAAUUCAAAUCCACAUAUGGUGAAGAGAAGGUAUGGUUUAUUCACGGAGAUGUCACUACUGAUUUGGACUGGGUAUUCGAAAAAAUAUUUGAGAAAUAUGACUACGUUGAUAUCCUUGUGAACAAUGCAGGCAUAGCAAAAGAAGAUGACCCAGUGCUAACCUUAUUGACGAAUAUAGUGGCUCCUGCACUGUGGUCACAGAAGUUCUAUGAUGUCAUGAGAAAAGACAAAGAGGGCAAAGGUGGGAUUAUUCUAAAUAUAGCAUCUAUCGAAGCUUAUACAAAGGACCCAUUCUUCCGCGCUUACAAAACAUCGAAGUUUGGCCUACUCGGUUUAAGUGUGGGUUUGGGACACGAGUGGAAUUAUAUGACUAGUGAAGUGAAGGUCAUACCUUUGUGCCCUGGUUUAACCGACACAGAUAUGGCAAAAGAAGCGGUGAAUGUUGGUGAGGAUUUUGAAUUGGAAACUAUCGCUAAAUACAUAGGAUCUAUGACGAUGCAAUCAGCAGAUGUCGUUGGACAGGCCGCUGUGACGGUGUGCAAAACUGGUAAGACUGGCACAGCAUAUACCAUAGAGGCCGACAAACUAUUUGAAUCACCGUACAUCCAAAACGUCACGGCUGAAUUUUUAAAUAGUCUGUAAUAAAAUAAUAAUCAUAUUGUCUUCAAUGCACUCCUGACGAAAUAAAGUAAUGUAAUUGUGAUAAUGUAAUAAAAAUGCAAUAAUUAUUUGAUAUUGUUA